AUGAAAGAAAAAUUGUCUGUGAAAAGAUUACGAACCGAAAAUCGUUUACUGAGACAGCGAAUUGAUUAUUUGGAACAAGAAAGUUCAGCAUUAGCUGAUCGAUUAAUAAAAGGUCAGGUAAAUUUAGCGCAAGAAGCGGAAAAUUGCAUGAGCAUAUCACAUGAGCUAUUGAAACUUCGUGAUAUCAAUUCAGACGCUCAUCGACGACUGGAAGAAGCCUAUGAUACGAUUCGUGAUUUAAGUUGCAAAAAGAAUGAAGAAUUAACAGAAUGUGCUACGCAAGUGGAUGAUACGUCAAUGAUUGAGCAUAUUCACACAUUACAACAAGAAAUUAUUGAUACACGUGCACGUGAAGCAGAUAAUGAAAUUAUAAUCAAAGAUUUGAAAGUCCGAAUACAGGAGUUAGAAUUAGCAAACAAAAGGUUACGUGAACGUCCACCGGAUAAUGGUAUUGCCGGUUUGCAGGAGGAAUUAAUUUCAGUAAAAAUGCGUGAAGCUGAAGCAUCCCUAUCACUUAAGGAAAUGCGACAGCGACUUGCCGAAUUAGAACAACAUUGGACGGU